AACCCAACCUACAUAUUAGAAGAAUCACCAGGUAGGCUGGGCAUCUCCGCAUCUAUAUUAGGAUUUGGUAUAACCCAUUCUAUCUAUAGCCUCCACUUCGGUUCCCUGGUAGAAGCUAAGUGAAGAAGAACACCAAAGAAAAACAUGGGUUUGAAGGAAGAGUUUGAGGAGUAUGCUGUGAAAGCAAAGACUCUACCUCCGAGUACAUCUAACGAGAACAAGCUCAUUCUGUAUGGGCUUUACAAGCAAGCAACUGUUGGACCAGUGAAUACCAGCCGACCUGGGAUGUUCAAUUUGGCGGAGAAGGCAAAGUGGGAUGCAUGGAAGGCAGUGGAAGGAAAAUCAAAGGAGGAAGCUAUGAAUGAUUACAUCACAAAGGUGAAGCAGUUGCUGGAAGAAGCAACGGCCUCUGCUUGAAAGUUUAUUUCAAGGGUCUUGAACUGGAAAGUUGAAUUGCUGUCUUACUUGUGUUUUAUUAGGCCCUUCAAUUUGUGUGGUAGAUAGUACUUAUAGCUUAUGGAUAUUCUACCCAUUUCCUUGGAUUCAUAUAUGUAUAUUUAGCUAGGUUUUGGAAUUACCUAGUUAGAUUCCUCUGUGUACCUUGUGGCAUGGCAAUGAAAGUUUCUCGUGAUUUUUAUUAAGGAUAAAA